CUCAUUUCUUCCAACCUUACCUCUGAAGUUUCAAACCAGUAUAAAUAAGUUUUUUUCAACCUGUUGUCAUUUUCCCUACAUUAUCCAAUCCUAGUAAACAGCAGUAUUGGUAUGGCGAUGAUGAUGCCGAAGCUGCUGUUGUUGAUUUUUCUACUUGCGAGUGCAAGUUCAACGCUUAAUGCAGAUGGGUCUAAUGAGUUGGUGAUGACUGAAGAAGCCUACCGAAGUUGGGUAAAACGAGUGGGCUCUUUUAAGCACUCUGUCUUCCAGAAAGCAAAGAAUAAGUUGAAGCCUUGCCUAACCAUAAAAGUGGAUAAAGACCAGAGCUUGGGUCAUUUUGCCUCCGUGCAAAAGGCUGUUGAUUCGCUUCCAGUCAACAAUCCAUGUCGGGUGGUUAUCUCAAUUAGUGCAGGGAUUUACAGGGAGAAGGUGGUGAUUCCUGCAAUCAAGGCUUAUGUCAGCCUGGAAGGUGCCGGUGCAGACAAGACCAUUAUUGAAUGGAACGACACAGCAGACCUUGUAGGCCAGACUGGACGGCCGCUGGGCACCUUCGGUUCUGCAACAUUUGCCGUUAAUUCUCCUUACUUCAUUGCAAAGAACAUCACUUUCCAAAAUAAAGCACCGCCACCACCAUCAGGAGCUCUAGGAAAGCAAGCGGUGGCACUAAGAAUCUCAGCAGAUACAGCAGCCUUUAUAGGCUGCAAGUUCAUUGGAGCUCAAGAUACACUAUACGAUCACAUGGGCAGGCACUACUUCAGGGACUGCUACAUCCAAGGCUCUGUGGAUUUCAUUUUCGGGAACGGCCUCUCCCUGUAUGAGGGUUGCCAUUUGCACGCUAUCACCAACAGCGUAGGAGCCUUGACAGCUCAGAAGAGGGAUAGCUUACUUGAGGAAACUGGCUUCUCCUUUGUUCAUUGCAAAGUGACUGGUUCAGGCGCCCUUUACUUGGGCAGGGCUUGGGGUACUUUCUCUAGGGUGGUUUUCGCUUUCACUUUUAUGGACAAGAUCAUCAACCCUAGCGGAUGGUAUGACUGGGGCAACAAAAGCAGGGAAAUGACUGUAUUUUACGGACAAUACCAGUGUUCCGGGCCAGGGGCUGAUUUUGGAAGAAGAGUUUCAUGGUCAAGGGAGCUGACUCAACAGGAGGCCAAACCAUUUAUUUCAAUUGGCUUUGUUGAUGGCUAUGAAUGGCUUACAAACUUGUGACCAAGAAAUAGAUAUAACAAUUUUGAACAUAAAUAUCAACCCUUACUGCCAUUAGUACAAGAAUUUUCUAAGCCACCAGCAUGUUCAUCUCGAAGCUCAUGUAGCACAAAUGUCUAGUCACUGAGGAAUUGCCUCAGAUGCUGGAAGGCAUUGCAGACAAUUUUCCAUUCAAUUUACUGGCAGAGGAUACCUGGUGAAUUACAUGUACAAGACUUUGAAUAAACUGUACAAAUCAUCACACAACUGUACAAUUAUUUUACUUGCUUCCCAUCAAGAGGAUUUGGAGCAGUAUUUACUGUUGAAA